UGCAAGGAAAUAGCUUCAAUCAACGGCAGUUCUGUUACACCUUCAUCAUGUUUCUCUUGACCAGAAAUGCACUAAAUAGGUUCAAGAUUCGAAGCAUUCAACAAAUUAGGUCAAGACAGAGCCACGAAAAUCAUUCACAAGAUUUCCAUGACAAAUACGGUAACACUGUACUAGCCAGUGGGACCGCUUUCUGUGUUAUUGCAUGGGUGUUUAUAGCCACACAGAUUGGAAUAGAAUGGAACCUGUCUCCUGUUGGCAGAGUCGCUCCAAAAGAGUGGAAUGAUGAGUAACCAUCGAAGUUACUGUAAUACAAAAUUGUUUCAAAAUCAGCUUGUCAUUUAAGCACUCUGCUGCUCAUUAAA